UGUCACCCUGGAUACAGAUCAUGUCAGAUCAAAGCUGUCUUCUCAUCAGUUCGACGAUCUUUACUGCAAACCUCGUAGUUCGCAGAUCACGGGCGGUUCGUCGAGAAAACGGGUCGCUUUCGCAUCUCGGUCGAGCAACAGAUCAGCAGUUAUCUCGAUGCGCGAAUAUCCAGGGUCGGAUGGUUCGAUUGCUGCACGGGCGGCCCAGUGUUAGAUGCGCCAAGUAAGGCGCGCCGAAUGUAACGCCGCCGGUUAAUGCAGUCACAAUUUCCGCUAGCUGCAUGUCGUUUAUCAACACUCUCUCAUCGACCCCUGCAGAAUAUCGGCUGCACACGAAAAAUCAGGCGUCAAGUUUUAAAAUCCAUUUAGCUCAGUCGUGGUUGGGCAGAGCAAUGAUUUCGGCUCGCGCUGACUGGGCCCACUACCAGUCAGUGAACGGAGGAUGUUCCAGAAUCCAGUGUACGCCAGUGAACUUUGGUACUUCCCUUAGUUGAAAACGAAUUACUCCGGCCUACUGCACUUCCACAACUCCGGUCUGCAUUCUUGUGAACGGUCCUGCCACAAUGUUUGCCGCUCCGCCUCUUGAAAAGCCACUGUCUCUAGCCAUCAUUGGUGGUGGCAUUGCUGGUUUGACGCUUACAAUCGCUGUUCUCAAACAUGCUCCUCACAUUUCCAUUGCUCUGUAUGAGUCCGCAGCAGCUUUCGGUGAAAUCGGCGCUGGUGUUGGGUUCGAGCCAGUUAUGGUGCGCACAAUGGGCCGGAUCGAUUCACGUAUCGCUACGGCUUUCGAGAAAUGCAACAAAGGCAACACUGUAACAAAUCCACCCCGGUGGUUUGUUUUACGUGUUGGUGACAAGAGGAAAAUUAUCGAUGCGUCGCAAGAAGAGGUUGUUUUAAACAAGGGGCCGGGAAAACGCAAAGUGAAACUGGGGGAAGAAUUAUUUGUGAUGCCGGCACACAGCGGUCCAAGAGGCGGUGUUCAUCGAGCACAUUUUCUAGACGAGUUGGUCAAACUUGUGCCAGGCGGUAUCACGCAAUUCAAGAAGAGGCUUUUAAACGUUACGGAGGCGGAUGAUGGCUCCGGCGAUGCCGUGUUGCAUUUCGCCGAUGGAACCACCGCUCAACACACGGCAGUGCUGGGAUGCGACGGCAUCAAGUCGCGCACACGUGCGCUCGUUCUUGGAGAAUCUGACGCAACUUCUGCAGUAUUUUCAGGAAAAUAUGCAUAUCGAGGACUCAUUCCAAUGGAGAAGGCGGUCGAGAUCAUGGGAGACGAUCAGCCAAGAACAGCGCAAAUUUGUCGCGUUUUCGUCAAGACCGACUUGGACAGAUCCAAAGUGGGUGGUGCAAACUUCUCGAGUGGAAAUGCUUGAAGACUACAAGGACUGGAGUCCUGCAGUACGGAAUUUGAUAGCGAAUGUGCAGUCGCCUGACAUUUGGGCGCUCUUCAACCACCCGCCUGCGCCGACCUACUACAGCACCAAGCCACUUAUCUGUCUCGUGGGCGAUGCAGCGCAUGCGUCGACGCCUCAUCAAGGCGCUGGUGCGGGCAUGUGUGUCGAAGAUGUAUACGUACUCAGUAGUCUGCUCUCAAGCUGCAAGUCUAGCUCAGAUAUUGUGAAUGCAGUACAUGCAUAUGAUGCUGUAAGAAGACCUAGGAGUCAGAAGCUGGUUAAGACAAGCAGAGAAGCCGGCAUGCUAUGGGAAUUUGAAGGAGAUGGUAUUGGAGAUGACUUGGGAGCCUUGGAGCAAAAUGCUCUGAAGCGAAUGGACUGGAUCUGGAAUCACGAUAUCACGGAAGAUUUAGACAGGGCUAGGGAGAUUGUGCGUGGGCCAAUGUGAACUCGCCUCGGUUGUGACUCAUUCGUAUGGCGAUUGCUAGAGAAAAAGUAAAUGCUCAUACGCUAUAAGCACUAAAAAUA